AGCUGUCAGUUUGAUACGCGCCACGCGGCUGCACGGUUCUAAUUUCUCUUACGCCGUUUUUCAAAUUCGACGCUGAUUCUUACAUUCAUCGAAACGCUCAACUAAGUUAUACAGCCUGAUACCGAUUUGAUCGAUUAAUCUUAUCAGCCGUCGCCCGAGACAUGCUGAAGUAGUGCACCCGACAAAUCCCUCAAUAAACAAGCAACAUAAGCAAACAGCUCUACAACAAUGGCAGACGUUCAGCAAAGAAAACCGCCGCUGGGUCAUUACAAAUGCGGCAUGGCCUGGUGGCAUCCGGCGUGGCUACAAAAAUACGCCACCACCAAAUCAUUUAUGUACGUCUACGGCUUGCUGGGCACCAUCCAAGCCAUGUCCUAUAUGUAUUUCAUAGUUACGCUAACCACACUAGAGAAGCGAUUUAAAAUACCCAGCCAAACAACAGGCAUUGUCCUUAGUGGCAAUGAAAUAUCACAGAUACUGCUGUCGCUCAUACUCUCCUAUAUAGGCGGGCAGCGUAAUCGACCACGCUGGAUAGCCUGGGGCAUUGUGCUGUGCGGCUUAUCCUGUUAUAUAUUGAUUCUACCACAUUUCAUCUACGGAGCGGGCGAUGAGGUGCUGCAGCUAACAAAGGAAUAUCAGAGUAAUGUGGCUAAUAGCACAUUGGUGGGCAGUCUAACGCCAGCGAAUGUUAGCAAACCGGAGCAGCUAUGCGGCGUGGGCAAGCCAAAUAAUAAUUGCGACAGUUUGUUUACCUAUGUGCCAUUGGUGCUGAUAUUUAUCUCCCAGUUUGUGCUGGGCGUAGGCAAUACGUUGUACUAUUCGCUGGGACAGACUUAUUUGGAUGACAAUACCAAGAAGAUGAAUACGCCACUUAUGCUGGCCAUAGCCAUGGCACUGCGCAUGAUUGGACCAGUGUUUGGUUUUCUCUUCGGUUACAUUUCGCUGAAUACCUUUAUUGAUCCGACUAAGACGCCGCUCAUAGACGAUAAGGAUCCGCGUUGGCUGGGCGCUUGGUGGUUGGGCUGGCUUAUCCUGGGCACACUGAUGUGUCUGUUCUCCGGUCUGAUUGGUCUGUUUCCCAAGCAGCUGCCCAAGGCGCAGGACAACAGCAGCAAGCACAAUUCACAUUUGCCACAAGUGCUGCGCCAUGAGGAGCUCAAGCGUGACGAGGCUGGCUUUUCGCUCAGCAGUCGCUCAGCUUCAAAUGCAGCGCUGGAUAACAUUGGCGCUGGCGCUAAUGCUGAGCUGCCUCAGCUAAAGGACUUUCCACGCGCUCUCAUGCGCCUGCUGCGCAACAAGUUGCUCAUCUUUAAUAUUGUGUCUGCUGUGUUUUAUAUUCUGGGCGCCUCGGGCUUUAUGACCUUUCUCACUAAAUACAUGGAGGUGCAGUUUCAUAAAUCAGCGCAGAGUGCCACUGUUGUCGUCGGUCCAGUGUCCAUAUUGGGCAUGGUGGUGGGCUUGAUUGGUUCUGGUUUGGUUUUGUCCAAGAAGAAGCCGGCGGUGAGCAACGUGCUGCUGUGGAAUGUUCUCGUGGGCUUUAUAUACAUAUUUGGACAGAUUAGCUAUGCGUUUUUGUAUUGUCCUGAUCCCAUUACCAUGACGCGACUAUAG